CAGGAAAGACGAAGAAGGCGGGUGUGACGUCGUGGUGUUUACACUACACCGCUAAUUUGAGUAGCAAGUGAACGUUAGCUGAGAAAAUUAAAAAGGAUAUAAUAACGUUUCUACUUCACACAUUUACAAGCAAGGUUUGGCUGUUGUCGCCGUAUUUCAAUGGGUGCUCACGGGGUUUUGGGGAACGAACCCGAGUCUAUCGACUACUCAGUGCACGAAGCCUGGAAUGAGGCCACCAAUGUCUACCUGCUGGUUAUCCUGGUCAGCUUCGGCCUGCUGAUGUACGCCAGAAAAAACAAGAGGAAGAUCAUGCGUAUCUUCACUCUGCCUCCCACCGUCGGCAGCAGCCCAGAGCCCAACUUCUACGACAGCCUGCAGAAGGUCCGCCUGCGGCAGCAGCUGGAGAUGUACUCUCUGGCCAGGAAAUUUGACCAGCAGCAGGGCCAGACCGACAGCGUGCAGCUCUCCAUGGAAUGAAAGCAGGAAGGAACUCACCCCUUUCUGUCUGAGCAAACACUCCUGCAUAUAAUUCCAGCCCUCUGUGCGUGGAUAGGAUAAGACCUGGAUGUCUGUCAUGAUCAGAGAUGGUACAAAUGAUGUUACUUCCAUCCUGGUUGUUUCUGUUUGGCUCCUCAAAUGAGAAGCAAAGUUAUUCACCUCCUGUUGUCGUCUUUGUCUGUUACGUGUGGAGUAAGUACUGUACAGCUGGACGGAUGGAGAGGCCGAGAGCACAGGGAGUGAGGCAUCCAACAGUGACUGAGGAAUGAUAAACCUCCAACUGCAGCAGAUGUCACUGAGAUACUCUCAGUAUGGCGUGAGAUUGAAAAUAAGUCCACCAUGAAGAUUGUUUUGCACACAGAACAAAAUCCUUUAAAUUUAGCACAGGUUCUAGUUUGUUUCCAUUUGUUUUUUACUUGUUUAAUGUUUUGUGUUAAUCAAAAUUUUAAAAAUGUGAAAAUAAAGGCACAUAAAUGUAAA